AUGGACCUGAUGAAGUCACUCAUCAUCUCCGGGAAUUGCUCUGAUGCCCCAUCCACUCCAUCCACAGAGACCGCCCUGGUCGACUUAGACCUCGUCCAGUCACUCCUCUUCCCCGAGACGCGCACGGAUCUCUCGCAGGUUGACUCCAACUCGGCAUCUCCCAGCAGCCAACCGAAUCCAGAUUCCACGAAGUCGGCAAUGGUCCCCGCCGCAUCGAAGAUCCUCUGCGAGUGUACUGUGGAGCGCGAGAAGCUGAUGGACACUCUGUGGAAGUGGCCUCAAACUGGUGUCCUAGUGCUCAACGCCUGCGACCGCACAUGCAGAUUCUGCCUCGAGGGCAUGGGUUACAAGGUCUCGAGUAGGAACAAACAGCAGCGCAACAACCUAUCCGAGCUGGUGCACCACAUCAUGGACUUCCACAUCUUGCCCGGGAAGCGUCGCGGUCAUCCCCCGAAUAUGCCGGGCCUGAUCGUGAGCGGCCAUGUCCACCAUAUUCACCGGGUCGGCGAUCCUACCCAUGCACCUGACCCCGUGCAGGGUCACCCGGACAAGAAGCGCAAAUAG